AUUGCAUCCUGAUGCACGAUAUCGUGAGUGGUGCACACACGUUGUAAUGGCGACUGAAACCCACCAGGAGGAGGGAUCCAUUUAGCCACACAGCACACGCACACCACGCGGUGCAUGACAGGGUACGCACUCAAGCUUGACUGAAGCUUACUCAGGCUCAGCUUCCGUCUAUUUGGAUGAGUAUCAUUAUGGAAUCAUCGAAGACUCAAAGCUGCGAGAGAGCCCCGCCCUGCACGAUCAAAUACGACCUUAUUUCCGCUACCACGAUCUCCACGAUCUCCGGCAAGUCCUGCAGCUCCUCCUCGUCAACGUCGUCGCUCCCAGCCGUCGGCACGAACGUGAACUGCAGCGUGCCCUCGAGCUGUGAGCACAGCUUUCGGAGAGCAACGAGCACACCGUCGAGCUCUUCCCAGUCGAGAAAGGACCAGUUCACCAAGUUGAAGAACUUACUCGUCAAGCACCCCUCAAUCUUUGUGGUCAAUGUCGACAACGUCGGCUCGAAACAGAUGCACCAGAUCCGUGUCGCGCUCCGUGGCAAGGGUAUUGUCGUGUUGGGCAAGAACACUAUGGUACGCCGUGCCCUCCGCUCCAUCCUCGCGGAGUUCCCCCAGUUCGAGCGUCUGCUCCCCCACGUCAAGGUUUCGUCUUCACAUCAGGCGACCUCAAGGAGAUCCAUGUAUUACACGGCCAACAGGAAGAAGCACUCGCCCACAACGUUGGAUCGUUUUCAGGCCCGUUUGGUCUUCAGCGAACAUGGCGCGUAGCUGUCGAUGGGAUCACUAGUACUGCGCCUGGUCGCCUACGAACUUCAGAGUUAGGGACGACUCCGAGUUGUUGUCACCGUAUGCCUAUCGUUACCUGCCGGAGGAGGAGGAGGAGGAGGAAUCCAUUUAGCCACCGGCUGUAGGCGCACGUGCGAUCCUCAGCGUCUUGACGGUGACAGCGCUCACUAUUUACAACACCACGACCCAUAGUACUACCGGCUACACUACCAUGAACAGUACAAGACAUCAUCCAAUCAUCACCAUCUUCGACAGGCCCCUAGAGACCACCUCUUCCGACGCGGCCGUCCGAG